AUGGAAAACACCCCAACCUUCAAUAAGGCGGCAAGGCGAUGGGUUCUGCUAUGCGAUGGAACGUCCAACAGAGGAAAGGAUGGGAAAAACAAGGAGACGCGACUCAUCCAGUUGUGCGCUGACGAUGGUGUCUGCGGUCAGGGGAAUUUUCAGCUCGCAACAGGUGCCCCAGCAGCCACAUCAAUACUGAAGCAUCAUCUGGCUGUUAACUAA